ACUGAUGGGUGCGAGUGCCAUAUCGGGACUGAGAAUCGAUCUUGGGUCCUCUGCAAGAGCAGCAAGUGCUCUUAAUUGCUGAGCUCUUUCUGGCCUCUUAAUUUUUUUAAUGUGGGUUACAAUCCACUACGUUGUGUUGACAACUUCAAUUGGGUAAUUUCAUAAAAGAACUGUUGGGAAAUAUAAAAUUGUUAAUUACGACAGCUAUUAAUACGACCUGCUGACGGUUUGACUCCUCUGAGUCAAGCCCCAGGGCUCAGGUCGGCUCGUGGCACGGAAGGCCCGCCUCCUCCCCUAAGGUUAGACGAAGAAAGCCGGAACUGGAGGCUCAGGCGGUGACGCAGACUUCCGGUUUGGUGGCCUGAACGCUCGCGCAGCUGUCGUGAGGACUCGGGGGUCGUUUACCCCGGUGGCCCGGCACCUCAGCUCUCAAGAGCGCCAUGAGGUCGGUUAGCUACGUGCAGCGCGUGGCCCUGGAUUUCAGCGGGAGCCUUUUCCCGCACGCCAUCUGCCUCGGAGACGUCGAUAACGACACAUUAAAUGAACUGGUAGUGGGAGACACCAGUGGGAAACUGUCUGUGUAUAAGAAUGAUGACAGCCGGCCAUGGCUCACCUGCUCCUGCCAGGGAAUGUUGACUUGUGUUGGCGUCGGAGAUGUGUGUAAUAAAGGAAAGAACCUGGUGGUGGCAGUCAGUGCAGAAGGCUGGCUUCACUUAUUUGACCUGACAUCCACCAAGGCUCUAGAUGCUUCUGGGCACCAUGAAACUCUUGGAGAGGAGCAGCGUCCAGUCUUCAAGCAGCACAUCCCAGCCAACACCAAGGUCAUGCUGAUCAGCGACAUCGAUGGAGAUGGGUGUUACGAGUUGGUGGUGGGAUACACAGACCGUGUGGUACGAGCCUUCCGCUGGGAAGAGAUGGCUGAGGGGCCUGAACACCUGACAGGGCAGCUGGUGUCCCUCAAGAAGUGGAUGCUGGAAGGUCAGGUAGACAGUCUCUCUGUGACCCCGGGGCCUCUGGGUGUGCCUGAGCUGGUCGUGUCGCAGCCAGGGUGUGCUUAUGCGGUUCUGCUGUGCACCUGGAACAAGGACACUGGCUCCCCUCCUGCCUCCGAGGAGGCCACAGGAGACAGCAGGGAAACCCCAGCUGCUCGGGACAUAGUGCUGCACCAGACAUCUGGCCGGAUCCACAACAAGAAUGUCUCCACUCACCUGAUUGGCAACAUCAAACAAGGUCAUAACCCUGAAACUGGUAACUCAGGCCUCUUUGCCCUGUGCACCCUAGAUGGGACGCUAAAGCUGAUGCAAGAAGCAGAUAAGCUGUUGUGGUCUGUACAGGUGGAUCACCAGCUCUUCGCCCUGGAGAAGCUGGAUGUCACGGGCAAUGGGCUUGAGGAGGUGGUGGCAUGUGCCUGGGAUGGGCAGACAUAUAUCAUCGAUCACAACCGCACCGUGGUCCGCUUCCAAGUGGAUGAAAAUAUCCGUGCCUUCUGUGCAGGCCAGUAUGCCUGCAAAGACGGCCGCAACAGCCCCUGCUUGGUAUAUGUGACUUUCAAUCAGAAGAUCUACGUGUACUGGGAUGUGCAGCUGGAGCGGAUGGAGUCCACUAAUCUGCUGAAGCUGCUGGAGGCUGAGCCAGAGUACCACAGCCUACUGCAGGAGCUGGGUGUGGAUCCUGAUGACCUCCCUGCAGUCUGUACCCUGCUUCACCAGACUCUCUACCACCCGGACCAGCCACCGCAGUGCACCCCCUCAGGCUGCCAGGACCCCACAUAGCUGGGCUUGGCCAGUUAGCUGGUGAAGGAUCCUUGAUCUUGGCGGGAUGGGGAGUGUAUGUUACAGUGGAGCAGGACGUGACUCUCGACAUGGAAGGAUGGCGGCACCCCUGAGAGCCUUUGAUGAAUGCCCCAUGGUCACCACCUGGAUCCCAGGAUCCCAGGCUUGUAAAUCACCCGGACCCCUGUGCUUCCCUCCUCCUGUCCUUACUCUCACUGCGGAAAACAGACCCGUUUGUGAGAAAAGGCAGCAAACCUGUUCCACAGUGCCAACACCUGACAGGACACCAGGCUUCAGGCCUGAGGGACUAGGGGAGCAGCGGAGGUGAGCCCCACCCCUCCUGCUCCCUCCCGCUGAGUGCCGACUUCACAGCUUAGCUCCAGGCAGCUGACAGCAGUAAUUAUUACAGGAAGGGCAGUGUUUGUUUAAGGGCAUCUUUCAGGACAUGUUCCUGUCUCAUCUUCCUGUGUUCUUCCAGUUGUUGAAGCAACUAGGUCAGAGCUUU